CCCUUCAUUUACGUCCACCAAAGGAAACAAUUUGAAUUGCAGCAGCAACUUUCAUGAACUUUCGAACGUUAUCAAAUCUGCUUCCUUUCCUCCUUUCCUCAGUUCGUUGUAUUUGAAAUUUUCUCUGUUUCUCCACUCUGUUUGAUUUGAUCUGUCAAUCAGCUAAAUAAAAAUGGUGAAAUUGGCUGGCAAUUGUUCGGAUUCUUCUCCGGUGAAGAUCACCGUCACGUCCUCCGGCGGGUCCCGGAGCAUGGGAUUAACAAGUCCGAUGCCACGCCACUCAGUCUCAAAUAAUCCCAAUUCUCCCCUCAGCGCCGGCGAGAAUCGUAGGGCAUCCUCCGGCGGCGGCGCCGCCGGCAGCAGAUACCUUUCUCUCUCAAAGGACAGCACCGAUGAGUUUGUCGCAUACACAGUUCACAUUCCACAGACUCCAGACAACAGAAUCCUUUCCGAUUCAGUCACAAGCUCCCGUCUCAGUUCCGGCAAAAGCCGGAAAAUCAACGGCCACAAUCCCUCCGAGGUAUUCAUCAAGGACGCCAUCUUCACCGGCGGAUUCAAUUCAGCAACAAAAGCUCACGUCCGGAAAAGCUCCGAUUCCGGCGACCCUCCUCUCGCCGCCGCCGCCAAAUCGAAGCACAUAUGCGGGAUGGAAGGGUGCGACGAGAAAAUUACAGGGAAUUACAAGAACCGUUGCGAAUGUGGCCUCGUGAUUUGCUCAGAUUGUUACUUGGAUUGCGUCGGUAACUGCGACGGCCAUUGCCCCGGAUGUAAGGAGCCUUACAAGGAGUACAACCACGGCGAAACUGACGACGAAGCACCGCCAUCGGAGGAGAAAGAUCAGGCGAAUCCUCUGCCUUCUUGGAGCAGAGAAGCUAAGCUGGAGAAGAAUUUCUCACUGGUGCAAUCUUUCAAGAACACAAACCACGAUUUCGAUCACAAUCGUUGGCUGUUCGAGACGAAGGGGACUUACGGAUACGGAAAUGCUCUGUGGCCUAAAGAAGGCGGCGGCGCCGAGAGGUACGAGAACCCUCCCGAUUUCAGCGACAGAAGGAACCGUCCUCUCACUCGUAAAAUCGGGAUUUCAGCAGCAAUCAUCAGUCCUUACAGAUUGCUGAUGAUCAUUCGUCUUGGAGUUCUCGGGUGCUUCCUCGCGUGGAGGAUAAUGCAUCCGAACCGUGAAGCUGUGUGGCUAUGGAUGAUGUCGAUCGUCUGCGAAAUCUGGUUCGCAUUCUCCUGGAUUCUCGACCAACUUCCCAAGCUGUGUCCCGUUAAACGAGUCACCAAUCUUUCUGUCCUAAAAGAGAGAUUCGAAUCUUCCGAGCCUAAUCUUCGGAACCCCAAGAAGCUAUCAGAUCUUCCGGGAAUCGACGUAUUCGUUUCCACAGCUGAUGCAGAAAAGGAACCGCCGCUAGUCACGGCAAACACAAUCCUCUCGAUUCUUGCAGUCGAUUAUCCUGUCGAAAAAGUCGCGUGCUACUUGUCCGACGACGGGGGCUCGCUGGUGACAUUCGAAGCCUUGGCUGAGGCCGCCAGCUUCGCCCGAACUUGGGUACCUUUCUGUCGAAAACACAAUAUAGAGCCACGGAACCCCGAGGCAUACUUUGCGCAAAAGCGCGAUCCUCUCAAGAACAAGGUGAAGCUCGACUUCGUCAGAGACCGGCGCCGCGUCAAAAGAGAGUACGACGAAUUCAAAGUGAGGAUCAAUGCCUUGCCGGAGUCGAUAAGACGAAGAUCGGACGCUUACAAUGCUCAAACAGAGCUUCGGGCAAAGAAGAAGCAGUUAGAGUUAGGCGGCAAUCCUUCGGAACCGAUUAAGGUCCCGAAGGCGACGUGGAUGGCCGACGGCAGCCAUUGGCACGGUGCCUGGGCGUCGGCGGAAGACGGACAUUCUAGAAGCGACCAUGAAGGGAUCAUACAGAUAAUGCUGGUUCCUGCAACUCCGGAGCCACUCUUCGGCAAUGAAGCAGACAACGAAAACCUGAUCGAUACGACUGACGUCGACAUCAGGCUGCCGAUGCUUGUCUACCUCUCCCGCGAGAAGCGUCGCGCCUUCGAUCACAACAAAAAGGCCGGGGCGAUGAAUGCUUUGGUUCGCGCCAGCGCGAUCAUGUCGAACGGAGCUUUCAUUCUGAACCUCGACUGCGACCACUACAUCUACAACUCGCUCGCCCUCCGGGAAGGCAUGUGUUUCAUGCUCGAUAGGGGCGGCGACAAGAUCUGCUUCGUUCAGUUCCCGCAAAGAUUCGAGGGCAUCGAUACCAACGACCGUUACGCAAAUCACAACACCGUGUUCUUUGACGUCAGCAUGAGAGCCUUCGACGGUUUACAAGGUCCUAUGUACGUCGGGACCGGCUGCAUUUUCCGGAGAAUCGCGCUGUACGGAUUCAGUCCGCCUCGCGCCACCGAGCACCACGGCUGGUUCGGCCGGAACAAGAUCAGAAAGCUUCUGAGAAGAUCGAAAGAUCAGAAAACAGAGCAACAAGAUGACGAUGAACUGCUUGUGCCUAUCAAUGGCAACCAAUAUGAAGACGAUGAUCUCGCCAGAGCCUCACUUGCCAAGCAGUUUGGAAACUCAACUUCUCUUAUAGACUCCAUAGCCGUCGCCGAAUUCGGAGGUCGUCUUCUCCACGAGCUUCGGGGCAAAGGCUGCCUCGGCCGGCCCGCAGGGUCGCUGGCUGUUCAGCGCGAGCCGUUGGAUGCUGCAGCUCUAGCAGAGGCAGUGAGCGUCGUAACAUGCUUCUACGAGGAUAAAACCGAGUGGGGCAAGCGAGUCGGAUGGAUCUACGGCUCGGUGACGGAGGACGUCGUGACGGGCUACCGAAUGCACAACAGAGGAUGGAGAUCAGUCUAUUGUGUCACCAAACGGGAUGCCUUCCGAGGAACCGCGCCGAUAAAUCUUACCGACAGGCUCAACCAAGUCCUGCGCUGGGCGACGGGUUCAGUCGAGAUCUUCUUCUCCCGGAACAAUGCCUUGUUCGCCAGCCCGCGAAUGAAGUUCCUCCAACGAGUGGCGUAUUUCAACGUCGGGAUAUACCCGUUCACGUCGAUAUUCCUACUUGUCUACUGCGUCUUGCCGGCGCUGAGCCUCUUCUCCGGGAAGUUCAUUGUCCAGACGUUGGACGUUACCUUCCUCGUGUUCUUGCUAGCUAUUACAGUUACUCUCUGUUUGCUCGCUGUUUUGGAAAUCAAGUGGUCGGGGAUCACCCUCCACGACUGGUGGCGAAACGAGCAAUUCUGGCUGAUCGGGGGAACCAGCGCGCACCCGGCUGCUGUGAUCCAAGGGCUGUUGAAAGUCAUUGCCGGGAUUGACAUAUCAUUCACGCUGACGUCGAAAUCCUCAGCUCCCGACGAUGGAGAGGACGAGUUUGCGGAGCUGUAUGAGUUCAGGUGGACGACGCUCAUGGUCCCGCCGAUCACGAUCAUCAUGUUCAAUGUGAUCGCAAUAGGCGUGGCAGCGUCGAGGACGGUUUACAGUCCGUUCCCGCAGUGGAGCAAAUUGCUCGGGGGAGUAUUCUUCAGCUUCUGGGUACUGUCUCAUCUGUAUCCUUUCGCGAAGGGUUUGAUGGGGAGAAAGGGUAAGAUCCCGACCAUCGUGUACCUGUGGUCGGGACUCAUCUGCAUCGUGAUAUCGCUGCUUACCGUCUAUGUCUACCCGCCGUCGGGAAGCCAGGGAAGCAUCAGGUUUCUUCAGAUACCUUAAGUAUCGCCAUUGUUAUUGUUAGUGUAGUAGUAUUGUUAUUGCAUUUGUAAUAUUUUGUGCUUGUGUUUGAUUGGAAUUUGUUGGCUGAAUGUUACUCGACAUUCAAUUCAUAGAUAUGUAUGUUUGUGUUUGUUGUUAGUCGUCAAAUCAAGUCAAGUUUAGCAUAGAAAGUGUUUUCUUUCACUUACUAAAGACUAAGCUAAUAUAACUAAGCUAAGCUGGUCGUGUUCCAGCUGUAAAGUGAUUCGUGUUCUUUCUUUCUCAUUUUCUUCAGUGAU